CUAGUCGACUGCGAGGGCUUUAUCGCCGCCGCCACCGCCGCCACCGUCGCGCUUUAUACGGUUUUCCGAACUCGCAGAACCAAACGAGUUUUCGGUCGUCGCGGUGCGGUGCAGUCGCGGUGCGGUGGUGGUCCACGACAUCAGUUAUCGACUUUUACGCGAGUCCCAAACAUUACGCACGCUCACACACACGCGCGCGCACGCAUACACGCUCACACACAUACACACGGGGUGCGCGCUUUAUCCCGUUUCAUCUCACCAUCACCGCCACCGCGGGAUCACAGUCGGAAGAGACGUCGUCAUCGCCGCCGCCGGUCCGCUCCAAACAUCGUACAACGACGAGCGCGCGUGAAUAUUAAUUAUAUCUGUCGUUGCAUAUCAUAUACGAGUAUAUACAAUAUACUACGUGUUUGUACAGGGAUAUCCUUUCUGCUGUAGCCUCUCUGCCGCUGCCAUCACAACUACCGUUUGUCAACAAAUGAAAAAGCUGUUUCACGUGGAUUCUGACUAUGGAUUUUACGUCUAGUUCUUUGGAAACCAAUGGCACAUAUUUCGCAUGCGAAUCUAACCAAGUACCCGGUCGACGGACUCCUCUGAGUGCUGUUGGACUGGGAGGAUAUUAUUUCCCGCAACCAUCCUCCGUAGCCUCCGAUGAAAAUAGCCCAGGUCCAGCUUGUCAACAAUUCAAUAAUGGUUCUGAUAAUAGAAUACCUAACAAUGGUCAAGGCACUUCGGCAAUGUCCGGUGUGGGAGGCAAGUCCAAGUCCAAGCAAGGUAAGUCCGUCCGAUUAAAUAUCAAUGCUCGGGAAAGGAGAAGGAUGCAUGACUUGAACGAUGCGCUAGACGAACUCAGAAGCGUCAUACCAUAUGCUCAUUCACCAUCCGUCAGGAAAUUGUCGAAAAUCGCUACGCUUUUAUUGGCGAAAAAUUACAUUUUAAUGCAAGCAAACGCUCUAGAAGAAUUAAGAAGACUGAUCACUUACAUACAGGCUCAAGGAACAAUGACAAUGCCACCAGGUUUUGAUCUACAAGCUUCGAUGUAUCCCAUUAAACCUUCAUUGGCUUCACCCAACGCUUCGCCAGAUUCUCCACAGUCUUAAUAUGUUACGCCGAUGACCGCUUUUAUAACAAAAUAUAUAAUGAUAUAAUAAUAUGUACCUAAUAAAUAUAAAUGAUUGGACUGCUAACACUUUUAAGUGAAUAACAUGUCGUUGAGUUUUAUAAUGUGAUUUUCAUACAUUAUUAUUAAUACAUAUUAUAUUAUAAACAUUACACACACAAUAACAAUAUUAUAUAUUAUAUUAUUAUACCAUCAUAGUUGUUAUAAUAAAAAUUUAUUUUAUAUUUUCGAUAUGUCUGUAUAAAGUAGACGGACWUUAAAAAGCAUAAUAUUUUGUACAUGAAUGCACAUCUUUGUAACAUAAAAUACUUAUAUUAAGCAUAAUGAUUUUGUGUUCAGACUAAUAAUUUUUAGUCCCUUUUCAAUGAAUAAUUAUAAUAUAGAGAAUAUUUUCCACACUAUAAACACAUUAUCAAUUAAUUGKAAUUAUUGCUUGCGUUUUCUUUACUUAUAAUGGCAGGUACAAACAAAUUUGUGUAAAUAAUGAUUGAUGGCUUAUUAAGUUAAAAAUGUAUUUUAUUUGAAUAAGCAUUUAUCUAAAUAGUUUUUACUUUAUAAUAUGUAUUAAUUUAGCUAUGCGUACUGCCAUGCAUACGAUAAACUAUUAUUUAGUUUAUAGAUAGGAAAAUCUAGUCACUUAAAAUAUAAUA